AUGCAAAGCUCCCCCGGGGUGCGUCAGCCCCUUCUGCUUUAUAAAGAGGCUUUGCUUUUGGGGAGGGUCACCUGCAGCGGCUCCACCGACAGCUCGCAGGAGCCCCCACGUAACGGGACCCCGGGGCCUUUCGAUGGCCCCCAGUGGCCCCACCAAGCCCCGCGGGGCAUGUACCUGUCGGUGGCCGUGCUGAUGGGCAUCGUUGUGGUCUCCGCCUCCGUUGUGAAUGGCUUGGUCAUCGUGGUUUCCAUCAGGUACAAGAAGCUCCGGUCGCCCCUGAACUACAUCCUGGUGAACCUGGCCGUGGCCGACCUGCUGGUGACGCUCUGCGGCAGCUCCGUCAGCUUCUCCAACAACAUCAACGGCUUCUUCGUGUUUGGCAAACAGAUGUGUGAGCUGGAGGGCUUCAUGGUCUCCCUGACAGGCAUCGUGGGGCUGUGGUCCCUGGCCAUCCUGGCCUUCGAGCGGUACGUUGUGGUCUGCAGACCCCUGGGAGACUUUCGGUUCCAGCACCGGCACGCCGUCGGGGGCUGCGCCUUCACGUGGAGCUGGUCACUGCUCUGGACGACCCCACCGCUGCUGGGCUGGAGCAGCUACGUGCCCGAAGGUCUGAGAACCUCUUGUGGGCCCAACUGGUACACCGGUGGCAGCAACAACAACAGCUACAUCUUGGCCUUGUUUGUCACCUGCUUCGUGAUGCCCCUCAGCCUGAUUCUCUUCUCCUACACCAACCUGCUGGUGACCCUGCGAGCGGCUGCGGCGCAGCAGCGGGAAUCGGACACGACGCAGCAGGCGGAGCGGGAGGUGACGCGCAUGGUGAUCACGAUGGUGGUGGCCUUCCUCAUCUGCUGGCUGCCCUACACCACGUUUGCCCUGGUGGUGGCCACCAACAAAGACAUCGCCAUCCAGCCGGCUCUCGCAUCCCUGCCCUCCUACUUCUCCAAGACUGCCACGGUUUACAAUCCCAUCAUCUACGUCUUCAUGAACAAACAGGUGAGAGAAAAAGCCAUUAGCCAACGAACCACAGCUUCACUGGGGCUUCUGGAUAACGACUUAAUGGCCUCAUAAAAUGUGGAGGAACCAUCUAUCCUAUCUGGAAGCGUAGACACAGGCUCGAUCCGGGAGCUGCUCUAUAAGCAGCAAGGUUUUGGGGAAUAA